ACACAGCGUGGGUCGGUUAAACCUGGCCACAAGUUUCAAAACUUUCAAACAUUGCAGAGAGAUGGAGAAACGGAUUGUGGGACGGCCUCACUGACUGAGUGAAAUCAACUGCUGAACCGCAAAAUCCAAACAAGAGCUGUUGUCUUUUGGGAAGAAAAAAAAAGAAAGUGGACAAAAGAGGCAGAGUCACUGUGGAUUUUUUUCUUUCAGAGGGAAUAUCCUGCACCAUAGCUUGUUCAUUUUUUUUUUCUUUAUCUCUCUUCUCCACUCUCCUCCCAGAUCUCGAUGCUUUAUUUUGGGAUUCCAUCAAAAUCCAUCAGUUGCAAUAUUUUGAGUUUUUCAACCAAACUGAAGCAGAAAUUUGCUGGACAGAAAGUUAACGCUGCACUGGAAUGAAUUUAAUUGAGCCCAACUUGCCUAGAGAGACUUCUCUGCAUCCCAGCCAAAUGCCUUUCGGAGGCCGGUGGACGUCACAAACCCCGAGUCCUGCUUCUGAUCCUGAGAUGGAUUUUGAAGAGAGCCUCUCAGCAGACUGCAGCUCUCCUGAUGCCACUGGAGAACUGAGAAGAGCCGAACCGAGGAUGGCUCUGACAGCGAGCUCGAGAGGACAGAGCCCAGAUCUGACCCAGGGAGGAGGUGUGUCGGUUGGGUCAGGUGAUGGAAAAGCUUCAGGGGCUGAGCAGAGGAUCCGCAGACCCAUGAACGCCUUCAUGGUUUGGGCUAAAGAUGAGAGGAAGCGGCUGGCCCUUCAAAACCCUGACCUGCACAAUGCUGUGCUCAGCAAGAUGCUUGGUCAGUCCUGGAAGGCCCUGAGUGCCACGGACAAGCGACCAUUUGUGGAGGAAGCUGAACGUCUCCGUGUCCAACACCUCCAGGAUCACCCAAACUAUAAAUACAGACCUAGACGCAAAAAGACCACUAAAAAACUGAAGCGAGUUGAACCUGGACUCUUGCUACACAGCUUAGCUCAAGGUGGGGCCCCAGGCCUUUGCUUGGGUCCUGGUGUCGGCUCUUUGUCUGCUGAAAGUGUAUCUGGUGCUUCUGCUUAUGGGCACCCAUCCAGCCAUACUCCCCACCACCACCACCCACACCAGCUGCUGGCAUCUCUGGGGCACUUCAGGGACCUUCCGACCCCAGGACACACAGAGCUGGAGAGCUAUGGCCUACCCACCCCAGAGAUGUCGCCACUGGAUGUCCUAGAAGACACAUCCGGGGAAUCCGUGUUUUUCCCCCAACACUUGCAAGAUGAAGCAGGGAUGGGAGGUUGGAGUGGUUACCACCGCCUUCACCAUCACAACCCACAUUACAGUCAGCACUAUAACAACCACAGUCACCAUAACUCCGUCAGUGUUAGUGCCAGUUUAAACAGUGGGAUGAAUGCAAGUCUUAGUCCAACCAGAACUUCCAGACUUGAUACUAGAAUAAGUUCUGUUGAAUCAAACAUGACUUCAAGCGUUAGUUCUGUUAGCUCGAAGUUAACUCCUACUCACGCUUUCAGUCAUCAAGUCCCCUUACGGACUCCUGUGAAAGGUCCCCCACCUCUAGCUGAUUCCUCAUCCCCUGUAUCCUAUCCUCGUCCUUCCUUCAGCCUCCCUGAGCCAGUCAAGUGCCAGGCAACAACUAUGAGCACAGCUCCUCUUGGCUACCUUAACCAAAUGUAUGCCAACACUACCUCUAGUGCUACACAUUUCACCCCCUCUCAUCUAGGACAGCUUUCCCCUCCUCCUGAAACUUCUUCCUCUUCCUGUUCAUCCUCCUGCAUCCUCCCUGCAUCCACUUUUAUUCGCUCUGCACACUCAGACCACUCCAGUCUGGAGGCCAGUGGCCAUAUGGGGUCUUCCUCUGCUGAGUUUUGGUCUGAGGUGGACAGGCAUGAAUUUGACCAGUAUGUCAAUAUGGGACGGAAUCGAGAGGAGCCCUAUGGACUAGUUGGAGGCUGUGGGGGUGGGUCAAAGGUCCUGGCUGGGUGUACUAACGCUGUCGGAGGCAGUAGCAGUAACAGCAUUGUUAGCAGUAUUAUGAGUGGUUCUGGUGGUUGUGAUGAUGGGAGCAGCCCUCUCAUAUCUGCUCUCUCUGAUGCCAGCAGUGCUGUUUAUUACAGUGCCUGUAUAACUGGAUAAAUACAGGAUCUCAUCUCUCACACAGCUUUUACCUUGCAUAUUGUUCUGUUUUGAUCCAUCUGAACACAUGACAUUACAGGAUUAAAUUAACAGUCAAAACUUUAUUGAAGUCAUCAUCAUGUCAUCUCCUUCUCUAAAAUAAAAACUGUUUAGGUUUUUCUUUUUAAAUGUGAAAAAAUGUUUCUGGUUUAACUUUGUUCUGGGCACAUUCUCAGACAGCCUAAAUUAUUUUAUUAUCUUUUAACUGAUCAGUUUACUUAAUUCUUCAUUUUUUAGAAACACAAUUUGCAUUGUAAAGAGACGAUCAGACCACAAGAACAAACCAUGAGCUACUGUUGAAAUAUUUAAUUAAACACUAAAGUAGCUCAUGCUUCACAAAAGUCUUUCAUUUUUCCUAACCCAUGUUUUUGGCAGAUGAACUUUGGGCAAACAGCAAAAUCUUAUUUGUGGUGCUUUAUUUUGGGAUUAGACUCACUAAUGAUCAAAAUCUAUUGCAUCUCUCUAUUUCCUUUGCCUCUGCAUCAAUAUGUGGUUUAGAAAUUGCCAUAGAAGUUAAAAGUAAACCUUAAAUGACAAAAACAGUUCAACAUCCAGAAGUAAUGGCCUAAUUUGGACAUUAUAUGGUCCACACUAGUAAUAUUUAUGUAAGUAAUUUGAAAUCAAGGACCUGUCACAUCUACAAUGACCCCAAAUGUUAUUAAGAAUCAGUAUCUAAAGCUCAAGGGUAAUGUUACAAACAGGAUUUGGAGCAUCCGAGCGUACGUUAAAAACUCUGGUGCCUUCUGGGUGCUUUAGUAUUUCUGUCAGUGAGUGGUCAAAUAAUUUUAUAAAAACACAGCCGCUUUAUUAACUUUGUUGUGAAUACAAUAUCUUAAAGUAAAUUCUAGUGUCACAAAGCUGAUAUUACAAAUUAUUUUAUGACAGACCCUACCCGGACUAAAGCAACAUUAAUUUUCCUGAAACUUUAGGUUUAAAUAUAAGAAAGUUGCAGUAUGAACUGUGAAAGGGAGAAAAAUAAACUCAGUGGGGGGAACUUUAUCCAGGCUCCUCAUAUGUCUCAGAAGUGCUGUCAGAAAAGCCUGGCCACUAACCCAGAACAGACCGCUGAUGUCUCCCACAAACGUUUAGGAUGUUUUACAAGUCAGUGUGGGUUUUCUUUCACCAUAUGAUACAUCCCGUUCCCUUCUUCAGCUCAGUUCAUGUCAGGGUCUUUUGUCAAAUGGCAAAUACAAUAUUUUAAGAUUUAAAACAUUUCUUUGUCCACUGGCAAACAAAUAUCCUCUGAUGAUGAUUUGAAAACUUGUUUUAUCUUACUAAAAAUUCUCUUUUUUGUACCAAACAAAUCAUUUGUUAAAACAAAACAAAGUUUUCCCAAGUCAGCAAAUGAUAGACACUCAGGUUCUAAAACACUUCUGGCUAAUUUGUUUGAAUCCACCUCAUGCAACCAGAUAUGGGCAAACAUUAAGAUUUUGUUCUGAUUGUUCAUUGUGUAUUUCUUUCAGAAACAUUGGUUUCAUGUAGUCAUUACUGUGUAUAUUGAUUCAGUGCUUUUUUUUGAAAGAGAGAUUUAGACUAUGAAAUGUUCUCUUUGCACUGCAUUUAAUUAUUAGCUGUACAGAAGGUAUAAUACUUUUUCAAGAUAAAAUGUCUAUUGUUUGAAACAUGGGUUUGUACAGAAAAGAUUUGAUUUUGGUUUAUUUUUCUGAAAGGAAGCUUUGGGAAUGACAUUUACUAGAUUUUUUGCUGGAAGUGAGACCAGUACGUCAUUUUUAAACUUGUGUUAUAAUUAUGGUGCUAGUUAGCCUAGCUUGGCUAAAGGACAAAAACUGGAGAAAUGACUGCACACACCUGCUUUAAAAUCCUAAAGUUCCCCUUCCAAUAUAUAUUUAAUAUCGCUGCAAAUGCCAACAAAGUGUCACUGUUGCCUUUUGUUGUUUUUAGAAGAUUCAAGAUGAAACAGGUCAUGUAAAAGUGACACUCUUUAGCUAGGCUAAUGGCUAACCACACUCUGACACUGUUCUUUCAUGAAGUUGUCUUCAAAAAGAAAUCCUCUUCAGCCCUUUUUUGAUUUACUUGUAAUUGAAUAACUUACCCACUAUUGGCACCAUUUGAAAUAAAAGGUUAAAAUAUGUGGUUUUGUUCAUUAAAAAUCUACAUCUGAAGUCGCUUUAACAUUCUAUCUGUCCUGUAGUAGUUUUGUGUACAGAGAAAGGAAAACAAGAAGUCUCCAUGGAGAGAUGGAGCCUGCAUCUGUUCUGCGUUAAACUUGACGACACUGCUUUUUUCUCGUUUCUUCAUGUACAUGAAACAGUGGAACAAAAUCAAGUCUCUCUUACGGAGCCUUCAGUUACAUUUGCCACACAAUUUUUUGGGGUUUAAGACUUAACAAUAAUAAUAAUUUCUUCUAACUAAACUCCAGCAAGGCAGACUUACAGAGAAGCAGGAUUUCAAGUAAACUAUUAAAAAUAGGCUUCUACAUCUGCAUUUGACAUUCUUCUCUGUUGACACCAAGCAGUCUUGUUUUCCAAUUUAAUUUACUGUGACACAAAAGGACUUCAGAGACAGACAAGCGUUUUUUGGAAUCGUGCAAUAACUUUGGGCCUUUUGGUAAUAAUUAUCUGAGAGAAUAAAGAAAACACCCAAAAUUUUGGGAUUAAAUCAAAGGACAUUUUCUCAGCAGUCAUAUAACAAAUUAAAACCAGAAUUUUCCCAGAAGUGUCACAGGGAUGCUUUUAAAUCUGCCUGACAGGGAUAUUUUUUACAUUUUCUACAAAGAAAGAAAGGGGUUUUGUUUAUUUGUUUUAAAAGGGUGCCCUGGGUGUAAAUGGAUCUGUUCUGUUGUAUACAAUAAUUGUACCAAAUAAACACCUUUAAAAAGUUA